AUGUCAGGACAUGAUGGCCACGAUCAUGGCCACGGUGGGCACUGUCAUGGAGAACACGAUCACUCAAAUGAUAUCACUCCGGCUAUUCAGUCUCUUCUGUAUUCCCAAAUUGACUUUGAUUCGAUCAGCACUUUGAAUGAGGCAGCACCGAAGGCCGGGGCUGCAAUCGUCAAGAAAACUUGGGCGGAACGACUAAAUGACGAGCCUGAGCUUGAGAGCGAUGCUGAUGAGCAACUCCUCAUGUAUAUUCCAUUCACUGGUCAAGUAAAAGUGCACUCUCUCCUCCUCUACACUGCCCCCACUUCCUCUGCUCCGAAGACCGUCAAGCUAUUCAAAAAUCGUGACGAUCUUGACUUCUCUAUGGCGUCCGAGCUUUCUCCAACGCAAACAAUUGAAGUCCCACAGCCCCAGGCUGGAGCCGAUGUAUUCGAACUCCCUUUGAAUCGUGCCCACUGGAAUACCACCACAUCUAUCACCCUUUUUUUUGAGGAUAACUGGAGUGACGGGGAAGAGGAUGUCACUAAAGUGGGAUAUGUCGGGUUCAAAGGCCAAUUCAUGGCACUGAACCGCGAACCCGUAAGCUUCCUGUAUGAAGCUGCGGCCAACCCUAAUGACCAUGUUGCUAUCCCCGGUGUCAGUGGCGUCGGGGGCCGGGUCAUGCCUGGUCAGUGA